AUGAACGGUUCUACCAAUGCCAACGAUGGUAAGGCAGUCAACGGAGCACCCGAACACAGCACUGUACUAGUCGUUGGAGGAGCAGUAGUUGGCUGCUUUACAGCUCUCAAGCUCGGUCAGGCUGGAAUUGAUGUGACAAUCAUCGAGAGACAACCUACCACCAGCGACAGCCCACGGGCCGUUGGAUACUAUGGGGCAGCACAACUGUUUAUGGAUGAAGUUGGAGUGUACAAGUUCGUUCGCGAUGAGGGCUUCAUGACGCGUGGGCUGUGUUGGAGAAAAAGACCAACAGACGAUGGUAAAGGUGGAAAGCAACUAGGAGAUGUGAUUGCACGCCAGCACCUAUGUGCUCCAGACGAGACCGUCUUCGAAGUGAGUGCUGGACAGUUGAAUCUCCCACAAGCGGAUUUGAAUAAAAUUGUCCUUCGGCAAGCCCUGAAGACUGGCCAUGUCAAACUCCAUUUCAAUACAGAACUUGUCUCCAUCCUACACAACGAGGGGAAAGACGUCACUGUCCUUGUGAGAGACAUCAAUACAAACGUGGAACGCAAGUUGACUGCGACUUACUUGGUUGGUGCUGAUGGUGCAAGGUCGCAAACACGAAAGGCUCUUGGUAUUGCGUUUGCAGGCCAUACUUGGCCGGAGAGGUUGAUAGCCACGAAUGCCCUAAAGUACAACGAGAUUCAAGUCGACCUCCCCACUUGGUACACCAUGGACAGAGUUCAUUAUACAAUUACAACACCCCUGGAAGAGCCGGUGCUCGGAAAGAAAACCCUCUGGAGGUAUACUAUUGCUGCGGAUCCUGCAGAUACGAGACCGGAUGAGGAGCUCAUAAGCGAUGAAAACAUUUUCAAGCACUACGAAAAUGUGAUGUCCGGGCCCAGACCUCUGCAGGUCCAGAUUGAAGCUAGGUCGACAUAUCGCAUUCACCAACGUCUUGCCUCAACAUUGAGAAAAGGCAAUUGUCUUCUAGCAGGUGAUGCUGCGCAUGUUAACAAUCCUUAUGGAGCGCUAGGUCUCAACACUGGCAUUCUGGAUGCGGACGCUCUGGCUGAGGCACUGAUCAUGAUUCUGAAGGAGCAGUAUCCCCCCUCCUUACUGGACAUCUAUUCCGACGAGCGCCGCAAAGUCUUUCAAUUCUUCGUCGAUCCAACCUCGACUCAGAACAAAUUACGAGUUCACUCGAAUCACGAAGAUGAAGCCGUCCAAAAUGAUUGGUUCUUCCGCCUGUUGCAGAACCCGACAUACCAGGAGUUGAAGGAAAUGGCCAAGCCAUAUUUUGAGACUUGGAGGACGAAUAUCAGGAAAUUGGCUGAAGUUAUCCAGCUUGGGUCCCCAAUUCAUCAAUGA